AUGGACGUGGACGUGGACGUGGACGUGGACAUGGACGUGGACAUGGUGACGUGGACAUGGACGUGGACGUGGACGUGGACGUGGACGUGGACAUGGACGUGGACGUGGACGUGGACGUGGACGUGUGGACGUGGACGUGGACAUGGACGUGGACGUGGACGUGGACGUGGACGUGGACGUGGACAUGGACGUGGACAUGGACGUGGACAUGGACGUGGACAUGGACGUGGACGUGGACAUGGACGUGGACGUGGACGUGGACGUGGACGUGGACGUGGACGUGGACGUGGACGUGGAGGACGUGGACGUGGACGUGGACGUGGACGUGGAGGACGUGGACGUGGACGUGGACGUGGAGGACGUGGACGUGGACGUGGACGUGACGUGGACGUGGACAUGGACGUGGACGUGGACAUGGACGUGGACAUGGACGUGGACGUGGACGUGGACGUGGACGUGGACGUGGACGUGGACGUGGACGUGGACGUGGACGUGGACGUGGACGUGGACGUGGACGUGGACAUGGACGUGACGUGGACAUGGACGUGGACGUGGACAUGGACGUGGGUGGACGUGGACAUGGACGUGGACGUGGACGUGGACGUGGACCAUACACGUGGACGUGGACGUGGACGUGGACGUGGAGGACGUGGACGUGGACGUGGACGUGGAGGACUUGGACGUGGACGUGGACGUGGACGUGGACGUGGACGUGGACGUGGACGUGGACGUGGACGUGGACAUGGACGUGGACGUGGACGUGGACGUGGACGUGGACGUGGACGUGGACGUGGACGUGGACGUGGACGUGGACGUGGACGUGGACGUGGACGUGGACGUGGACGUGGACAUGGACGUGGACGUGGACGUGGACGUGGACGUGGACAUGGACGUGGACGUGGACAUGGACGUGGACAUGGACGUGGACGUGGACGUGGACGUGGACAUGGACGUGGACGUGGACGUGGACGUGGACAUGGACGUGGACGUGGACGUGGACAUGGACGUGGACGUGGACGUGGACGUGGACGUGGACGUGGACGUGGACGUGGACGUGGACGUGGACAUGGACGUGGACGUGGACGUGGACGUGGACGUGGACGUGGACGUGGACAUGGACGUGGACGUGGACGUGGACGUGGACGUGGACAUGGACGUGGACGUGGACGUGGACAUGGACGUGGACGUGGACGUGGACGUGGACAUGGACGUGGACAUGGACGUGGACGUGGACGUGGACAUGGACGUGGACAUGGACGUGGACAUGGACGUGGACGUGGACGUGGACGUGGACAUGGACGUGGACAUGGACGUGGACGUGGACGUGGACGUGGACGUGGACAUGGACGUGGACGUGGACGUGGACUGGACGUGGACGUGGACGUGGACGUGGACAUGGACGUGGACGUGGACAUGGACGUGGACAUGGACGUGGACGUGGACGUGGACGUGGACGUGGACGUGGACGUGGACGUGGACGUGGACGUGGACGUGGACGUGGACGUGGACGUGGACGUGGACGUGGACGUGGACAUGGACGUGGACGUGGACGUGGACGUGGACGUGGACGUGGACGUGGACGUGGACGUGGACAUGGACGUGGACGUGGACGUGGACAUGGACGUGGACGUGGACGUGGACGUGGACAUGGACGUGGACAUGGACGUGGACGUGGACGUGGACAUGGACGUGGACGUGGACGUGGACAUGGACGUGGACGUGGACGUGGACGUGGACAUGGACGUGGACGUGGACGUGGACGUGGACGUGGACGUGGACGUGGACGUGGACGUGGACGUGGACGUGGACGUGGACGUGGACGUGGACGUGGACGUGGACGUGGACGUGGACGUGGACGUGGACGUGGACAUGGACGUGGACGUGGACAUGGACGUGGACGUGGACAUGGACGUGGACGUGGACGUGGACAUGGACGUGGACGUGGACGUGGACGUGGACAUGGACGUGGACUUGGACGUGGACAUGGACGUGGACGUGGACGUGGACAUGGACGUGGACAUGGACGUGGACGUGGACAUGGACGUGGACGUGGACGUGGACAUGGACAUGGACGUGGACGUGGACGUGGACAUGGACGUGGACAUGGACGUGGACGUGGACGUGGACGUGGACGUGGACGUGGACAUGGACGUGGACGUGGACGUGGACGUGGACGUGGACGUGGACGUGGACGUGGACAUGGACGUGGACGUGGACGUGGACAUGGACAUGGACGUGGACGUGGACAUGGACGUGGACGUGGACGUGGACGUGGACAUGGACGUGGACGUGGACGUGGACAUGGACGUGGACAUGGACGUGGACAUGGACGUGGACGUGGACAUGGACGUGGACAUGGACGUGGACGUGGACGUGGACGUGGACGUGGACGUGGACAUGGACGUGGACGUGGACGUGGACAUGGACGUGGACGUGGACGUGGACGUGGACAUGGACGUGGACGUGGACGUGGACGUGGACGUGGACGUGGACGUGGACAUGGACGUGGACGUGGACGUGGACGUGGACGUGGACGUGGACAUGGACGUGGACAUGGACUUGGACGUGGACGUGGACGUGGACGUGGACGUGGACAUGGACGUGGACGUGGACGUGGACAUGGACGUGGACGUGGACGUGGACGUGGACAUGGACGUGGACGUGGACGUGGACAUGGACAUGGACGUGGACGUGGACGUGGACAUGGACGUGGACGUGGACGUGGACGUGGACGUGGACGUGGACGUGGACGUGGACGUGGACGUGGACGUGGACGUGGACAUGGACGUGGACUGGACGUGGACGUGGACGUGGACGUGGACGUGGACAUGGACGUGGACGUGGACGUGGACGUGGACGUGGACGUGGACGUGGACGUGGACGUGGACGUGGACGUGGACGUGGACGUGGACGUGGACGUGGACGUGGACGUGGACAUGGACAUGA